CGGACGACCGCCAUUAUAGAUUCCGUUGUGAGUGACCGAGUCUCGGCGUUGGUGAUCGCGAACUUCUUACGGAAAACUCCGUCGCGUUUUCGACAUUACGCUCCGUCGUGCACUUGCCGCAAAUUCGAAAAGAAUAUUAGAGAUAAAGAUAGAGAUAGAGAAGAAGGAAGAGAGAGGCCAGAGAGAAAUUAAAGAGAUAGAUCGUCGAGAGGCGCGGAAACGUACGGCUCACCCACGGCCGGAAAAGCAACGAUGAAAACGUACAGCAGGAAAAAGGGCGACAGCCCGAGCAAUGUGAUCAUUCAUGUGAACGAGUUGUGCCGACUGUGCUUAGGCAAGGAGGAGGAGAUGGUGCCGAUCUACGACGACGAGACCGUGCCGUUGCCGCUGCGUAUACUCGCCUGCGUCAACAUCGAGGUCUACGAACAGGAUGGGUUACCUAACAUGAUAUGUCAUCCGUGCAAAUAUCAAUUAGAAAAAUCCUACCAAUUCAGGAAAAAAUGUCAGGCUGCAGAUGCCAAACUCAGAAAACAUAUGAAGUUAAUACAGCAAUUGACUGGGCAGGACGAAGAAGGCGAAAACCAGGAUAGCAACAAGGAUGAUUCAAAGGAAUCUACUACUGGCAAAUCUAAACAAGUUAAACAGUUGUUAGCCGAUCUAGUUUCGACCAAAGGUGACAAUAGCCAAGCAGAUGGAGAUCCAAUUGAAGUGACAGAGGAGGAGCUUGUUGGCGGAUACAUCUUGGGUUGCAUAAUAUACAAAUAUACACAAACAUACAAAUAUAUAUCUAUACCUAUUAAGAUUACUACUAUAGAAACGCAUGUGUGUGCGUUAUUUCUAUUUCUGCUUGCAGGCGAAAAACCAUUUGGCUGCAAUAUUUGUCAUCGCGCUUUCGCGCAGAAAGAGAUCCUAUUCCGUCACUUGAUGACACACUCUGGUCAGAAACCCUUCCAGUGUCAGCACUGUGAGAAGAGCUUCACACAGCGGGAAGCUCUUAAGGUGCACAUGCGUCGGCAUCAGAAGCUGAAUCCGAAUGAUAUCCAGCUGCACCAUUGUCAGCUCUGUCCGAAGGCGUUUUGUCAUGCAUCAGGUCUUAGCAGACAUUUGGUCACGCACACUGGCAGAACAUACAAGUGUGUCGAGUGCGAAAAGUCUUUCACUGAUAAGAGCUCGCUGCUGAGACAUAGUCGUAUCCAUGCGCCCAAGAAAAUCAUAGCAAAUUGAGCAAUGAACUUUCGUUGUUCAGUUUGCUAUGAUUUUCCUGGGAUGUCCUGUGGGUACGAAGAUACUUCUUUGAAACUAACAACCAGAAUUGGACUUACAAUUAAUAAGAGAAUUACAUUAAUAAGAGAAAUCUCCACAAUAGAUUUGCAAAGAAAUUAUGGUUAUUUCAUUGCAAUAGUUUAAUCGCAUAAUCCUUAUAUGUAAGUAAUAUUUCAUUUUAGAAAGCAUUACAUUUUUUUAUCAUGAUCAUCCUUGUAUAAUUGCUAUGGGAAGUGUGCGAUUUGAAGAAGAGAAUUUUAUCCAAAUAAUAUUUUUGUAUAUAUAUAUUCUUUCAAAAAUACAAAAACAUAAGGUAUGUGGAGUUUAAUAUUUAAUGAAUUUGGUCACCUACACUACACUGCACUGAUGCACAGUGAAAACACAGUGCUAUGUAUGAAGUUAUUUUAAUACACAGGCAUAAUAUAAACAUUUUGACGAAUUCUAAAUACCCAAUAUUAUCGUCGUUAUUUAGCAAAAUAUACAUUGCUUAUUUCAUCGUCAAAGUGCUUAUAUUGUACCUUUGUGCUUAAUAUAGCAGUCUUCAGUGUACAUUGGUAUAGUAUAGUACGGAUGAUUAAAGUGACUUUUCGAAAACACAAAGUGUCUUCAAAUAUCAAGAAACGUUAAAUGCAAUGUCGAAUAAAAUAAAAUCAGGUACAAGUCUUAGUAAAUAAUAAAUAUUUCAAUUACUCUACUAAUUUUUUUGUGCAAUAUAUACAAGGGUGAUUGAAAUAAACUUAUUUAAUUUUAAGUUCUGAACAUUCAUUCAAAUGAUAUAGUUUUGCUUUUGCAAGAUUGAAUCCAUACUACCAUCUAUUAUAUUUUAAGUCACAUAUAAAAUUAAUCUGGAAUUAUUAAGUAAUUAUUGCAACAUAUUAAAAGUAACAUUAUACAAUCAAGUAUAGCACAUUUAGCAUUUUUGGUACACUAUUAAAUGCAUUGAUAUAUAAUUUAGUUUUCUACUUAAGGCAGCAAUAUAUAAUAUAAUUAUGUAUUAUAAUCUUGUAUCUCAUUUAUUACAUUCUUAUAACUAUAAUUUUUUAUGCAGAAAAAGUAAGUUUAUCUUCUAUGACUCCUUAUCAUGUAUGUUUAUAACAAUUCAUAAUUGCUGUAUAUAGUUUUAAAUAUAAGGAUAUAUAUAUUUCA